GCAGAAACUCGGCUAAUACGAUAAUGAAUUGUUAUUAAAUGAUGAAGUAAGUUACGUCAAUUAAUUAAUAAAAUCAUGGCUUCCGCUGAGUUAUUCGAAGAUCCUUUCGAUCCCGUUGAAUAUGUUGAAAGAUUAGCAUGGAGAACGCCUGGAGGGGGAACUAAAGGAGGCGCACAAGGUUUUAAUCCGCAGCAAUUACACGAUGAAUUUGUCGCUCACAUCACUGAGUUAAAGAAUUUAGAUACAAGAAUACAAAGAAAAGUUGAACGAUUGGAAACAACAUUACAAAGAGAGGCCAGGGCUCAUGUUGAGAAAGUUGCUGAUCUACAGAAAAGUCACCAAGUUGCUUUCAGCCAUUUUCAAUCCUUGGAUGACCGAAUCAACUAUGUGGCAACUAAAGUUGUUCAUCUUGGUGAUCAGCUGGAAGGAGUGAACACACCACGUGCUCACGCUGCUGAAGCAUUAAAAUUAAUGAAGUACUUUGAUGAGUUUCUGUCUGAUGAAUUUACAUCGGAAGCAUUUGUCAACCCAUAUAGAGUUCACGAUGCUGCUGAUAUUGUUCAUAAACUUCAUCUAAUUGCUCAGGAGUUACCUUAUGAUCGAUUUGCACCGGUGAAAGCAAGCAUAGUGUCGAAGUACCACACUAUCGAGAGUGAAUUAUUGAAUGAGUUUCGAGAAGCUCAUAAAAAUAAUGAAGUUGCUAAGAUGAAGGAAUUGGCUUCUACUCUGUCUCAUUUCAAAGGUUAUCAAUACUGCAUUGAUGCUUUCAUUGAGGAGAGCAUUCAAAAUUCAUUUUACAAUCGCAAUGAAAUAUUUUCUGAAGUUGGCAACCUGUGUGCAAAGGUCCACAAGGUGAUUUUGAGCGUGUUCAGCUCUCCAGAGCAAGUGAUGGGCAAACUGGUUGCGAAAAUCUAUCAAACAAAACUAAGUGAACAUGUUAGUGGUAAACUAAGGGAACACAGAAGCACAGACCCUGAAAAGUAUCUUCAGCAUCUUCAUAAACUUUAUGGACAAACUGUUGAGCUCUCUGGAAAGUUGUCUCAAUAUAAACUGGGCUCUGAUUCAAAUUUCCUCAAUAAGUUGACAAAGUCAAUAUUUAAGACCUUUCUACAAACUUACAUAGAAGUAGAGGAAAGCUUUCUUAAAGAGAAAGCAAUGCUCAUAUCACAGAGGUUUUAUGAUUCAAAGAAUCACACCAAGAAACAACUUCACACAGGUAUUCAGGACUUGAAAGCUGUAAUUUCUGAUAAAACGAGCAUUCGUUUUGGAUUGGGCAGCAGUUCAACAGACAGCAAUACAAGGGAAACUUAUUUGUCUCAAGAACUUGCUAUAAAUCUGCUACAGGAAACAAAAAUGGGAUUUGGUCGUUGUAAAACUCUUUCUUCGCAAUCCAAGUUGGCUGCUAAUGCAACUCGCAUAUUCAAUUUAUUACUUGAGUUCCUAUGCAAGCAACACAUUGAGUAUGCCAUUGAUUUAGGGUUGAUGGCUGUCCCACCAUCUGAUCCAAAGACUGAACCCAACAUAUAUUUCCUUGAUAUUGUGCAACAAACCAACACAGUGUUCCAUCUAUUUGAAAAGCAGUUUGCCGACCCAUUGCUACCAUUAGUUAGUGCAUCUCCAAGCUAUAGUGAAUGUGUACAGAGGAAGAAAAAAGUCCGGGAGAGGAUGGAGGUUCAGUUAGAUACAGGGAUCGAUAAAUGUUUAUCCUCCGUGAUCGGAUGGAUGAGGCAUAUUAUGAGGACGGAGCAGAAAAAGUCUGAUUUUUCCACCGACCAGCCCCCCCAACAACAAUACACCAAUGCUUGUCAAAUGCUUUGCAAGUAUGUGAAGAAAGUGAUUGACACCAUGAGGACAUCACUUGAUGGAAAUAAUGUAGAUGCUGUGUUGAAAGAAUUCGGGACCAGAUAUCACAGAUUAGUAUACGAUCAUCUGCAGCAAUAUUCCUUCAGUUCUAUGGGUGGUAUGAUGGCAAUAUGUGAUGUCAAUGAAUACGGAAAAUGUGCCCAACAGCUACAGGUGCCAUUCGUGAACUCUUUGUUUGAAAGUCUUCAUUCUCUUUGCAAUCUAUUAGUUGUUGCUCCAGAAAAUUUGCGACAGGUCUGUUCUGGAGAUCAGUUUGCUAAUCUGGAUCGAGCUGUGCUUCAUACAUUCGUUCAACUACGCUCAGAUUAUAGAUCAGCAAGAUUGGCAAAACAUUUCUCUUGAUCUGUUCAUUUCUAAUUGAUGUUAAAACAACACCGACAGCUGCAUAUUUAACUGUUUAAUUACUUCUCUUAUACACACGAUUUCCUAUAUUCAUGUGCAAUGUAACAUUGUAAAUACAUUAGAAUCUAUGAUU